CCAUGUUAUAUAACGAGUCUCCGUCUCCUACUGGGUGUCAAACAGAAGACACACCACACAGAGAGAGUGACCGCAAUUUGCAAAGAUGGGCUUCAACUGCGCAUCCAAGGCGACCGCGAUAUUCCUUUUGCUAUCAGUAUCAGCGCUGGUUUCUGCUAAGAAGUCCGGCGAUGUCAAGGAAUUGCAGAUCGGCGUGAAGUACAAGCCCGCAACUUGUGAAGUUCAGGCUCACAAGGGAGAUAGCAUCAAAGUACACUAUCGAGGAAAACUCACCGAUGGAACAGUUUUCGACUCCAGCUUUGAAAGGGGUGAUCCUAUUGGAUUUGAGCUUGGCAGUGGUCAAGUUAUCAAAGGAUGGGACCAAGGACUGCUGGGAGCGUGUGUAGGUGAGAAGCGAAAAUUGAAAAUACCUGCAAAACUUGGUUAUGGGGAGCAGGGAUCCCCUCCUACCAUUCCAGGUGGAGCGACACUAAUAUUUGACACUGAGCUUGUCGAAGUGAAUGGGAAAACAUCAACUGGAGGGGGAGCUAGCGAUAGUGAGCUUUAGUCAGUAUUCUAUGCAAUGGCUUUCGCCAUGGUUACUUGUCACAGUUUUUGGUAGCUCUUGCGGCCAAGCCAAAAAAAAAAACAUUGGAAUGGAUACUAGUCAAACCGGAAAACAUUGAGAUAAUUUGCUGGCUACAUUUAAUAAAUGUGGUUUUAUUUGCUUAUUUUAUCAA